AUGUGUGGCCGGACUGCCUGUACGCUGGAACCUGAUGAUGUUGUAAAAGCAUGUACAUACAAAGAUGGAAACGGCAAAAGAAGACAUCCCAUAUGGAAAGAUGCUCCUGGUGGCCAGACUUAUUGGCCAUCAUAUAACAUCGCACCCACACAGCAUACACCUGUGUUAGUGGCCUCAAACUUUGAUGGCUUAAUUAAAGGUGAAUUUAUUUCUGAGCGCACUAUGACCCCAAUGAAGUGGGGCCUUACUCCCUCAUGGCAUAAAGGAGACCCCUACAAGGUGCCUUAUGAGACAAACAACUGUCGUGCUGAAGGGAUGUUGGAAAAGAAGACAUACAAAGUACCACUGCAGAAAGGCCGUCGUUGUGUUGUGUUGGCUGACGGAUAUUAUGAAUGGAAAGCCACACCGGAGGGCAAACAGCCCUAUUUUUUCUAUUUUCCACAACCCAACAAUAUCACUUACCCAGGAGAAACGGCAAAGAUAGAGAUCAUCAAAGAUGAAAAGACGAAUAUUAAAGAGACACAUCUUGACAAGGCUAUAAAACAAGAACUGUUAUCACAGGAAGUUGGACAAGAGACACACAACAGUAAUCAGCGAAAGAGUAAUACACUAAUUAAACAAGAAGGUUCAUCAGAUGUUGAAACACAUAAGUUGCCACAACCUGUUAAUAAAAAUAACCUAAAGCAGGAAAAGCCAGACAGCUGUGAUAUUGAAACAAAGCCUCCACAUUCAUUCUGGGAUGCUGUGAAAUCAGAGAAGUCAGAAGUUCAGUUGGAUCCCAUAACUGGAGAAUCACAGUUGGUAAAGUCUUGUGAUGUGGCAGAAUCUGUACAUGGUGCAGAAAAGUUGAAACAAGCUGAUAAUGGGGAUGGUGCUAGUGACGAGGUCGGUGAAUGGAAGGGUCAGAGGUUGCUUACAAUGGCAGGAGUUUAUGAUGUGUGGAAAUCUCCAGAUGGAUCCCCACCACUGUAUUCCUACAGUGUCAUCACAGUGCCUGCUUCAUCAGAACUUGAGUGGUGUCAUAACCGCAUGCCUGCCAUACUGUCAACAGAAGAGGAAGUUCAGAAGUGGCUGGAUGCAGCCAGCGUUCCAUUGGAAGAGGCAGCUUCCUUGGUCAAGCCACAGAAUUGUUUGAAGUUUCAUCCAGUGUCUAAGGCAGUGAAUAAUUCUCGCUACAAGUCCCCAGACUGUAUCAAACCAGUAGAGCUCAGCAAACCGAAAGUGUGCCCAAGCAGCAGUGUGAUGAGGAACUGGCUCAAGUCUGGAUCUCCGGCCAAGAAAAAGAAAAUUGAAUAA